AUGCGGUUCUUUGGAGGAAAAGACAAGUCACUGGAAUCACCUGCCACUCCAGACUCGGCACUGGUGAGCUCCAAAACCACAUCGGGCCUGCAACCCAGCAAAAAGGGUCUUAUUACAUGCCAUGUCCCCUUCGAAACCCCAGUCAACCCGAUAAAGGCGCCAGUGUUUGACUUGACCAGCGAGCAGCAGGAAAAGUACGACCUUGUGGUGGCCCAGAUCGGGGAGUACGUCCAAAAGGACAUUCCUGUCAACGACCUGAAGGAUGCACCACUACACCCUGUCCUCGAGGAAGAGUUGGCAUGGCUUACCAAGGAAUGCUUCUUGCGGUACUUGAGAGCUACCAAGUGGAAGGUAAAUGAUGCCAUUACUAGAAUCACCGACUCUAUCGUGUGGAGAAGAACAUUUGGGGUUGUUAACGUUCCGGGCCACACUGAUCCAAAGAAGCUCGUCACUCCCGAGUUGGUGGAACCUGAAAACUUGACCGGAAAGCACCUUAUUGUCGGGUACGAUAACGACAACAGACCAUGUCUAUACUUGAGAAACGGAUACCAAAACACCGCUGCCUCGAUCAAACAGGUGCAAUUUUUAGUAUUCAUGUUGGAGAGAGUUAUCCAGUUCAUGCCUCCUGGCCAAGACACAUUAGCAUUAUUGAUCGAUUUCAAGGCCGCUCCUGCGCAUUUGAACCUUUCAUCGAGAUUCCCAUCUCUUUCCAUUUCCAAACAUGUUUUGCAUAUUCUCCAGAACCACUAUCCAGAGAGAUUGGGUAGAGGCUUGUUCACCAACAUUCCCUGGAUCGGAUACACAUUCUUCAAGGUGGUUGGCCCAUUCAUUGAUCCAUACACCCGCCUGAAGACCAUCUACGAUCAACCAUUCGAGAACUUUGUACCCAAAGAACAGUUGGAUAAGGAGUUCAACGGUAUGUUGGAUUUUGAGUACAUUCAUAAAGUCUAUUGGGAGGCUAUGAACUCCAUGGCUGAUGAGAAACAUGCACAUUACAUGAAAAACUUCAGGAGACUCGGAGGCAAGAUCGGAUUGAGUGAGUAUGAUAUCAGAAGAAACUUAGACGAAGAGGAAGAAUCCAAGCCAGCAGAAAAUGAGCCAGAAGUUGGUUCCAAAUAG